GCUUCUGUGACGGUCGCUGUCGAUAACAGAGGGGCUUCUUACCCUCUUGCAGAGCAGCAUCUCUUAGCAUCACUGCAAAACCCAACGAAGGAAGAGAGGGGAAAAAACAUCAAGACAGUUUUUUUUUAAAUCCUCAGCUAUGUUGUUAUAUAACAAGGCAAUGAGCAUGUAUGUCAUAGUUAUACCCUGGGCAUUGCAGUAGAUGAGGCUUAUUCACUCCCUCACACACACACAUGAGGGUAUCCUCGCACGCUUGCACUCACUUGCUCACACCCUGCUUGCAUUGCUCAGUGAUGCCAUUUCUUUGUAGUGGGGAUGCAAUCCUGGAGAGACUAUUUUUGCAAGCCUUGUAGUGCUUCUGUCACCUCUCCUCAGGAGGACAUGGAAUACAGGAUGGGAAGCUGCAUCGGAGUCGCACGCAGCCAGGCUGCAGUACACACUGACAAGGCGAGCCCAGUGAACAACAAGUCUGCCACUGCAGAGAACGGAUCUGUCCACACUGAUCCAGUCAAAGCAGAGCCACAGGUGUCUGCUGACGAGGAAGAAAAGCUGCAAAGACAGGAAGAGGAGGAUAAAGAAGAACUAGAGUUUCCUCAUGAUCUGCUGCCCAGCAUAGACCUCGACCUCAGCACUGAGCUCAGUCUCACCUGGGGAACCUCGCUUGGUGGUGAGCAGGGGAGCUUGGGUGAAAUGAAGAAUGAGGCUGUGGCACUGGGUGGCACUGCCAACCCUCUGCUGUCAGGCCUAGAGCACUACAUGGAGGCCAGUCCACCAGUAGUGGGCCUCGUGAAGAGCUGUGAUGGUGACCAAGUUUCUACUGAGACAGCAUCACUGGCCCAAGCCCACUUGUCUAGCAAAUCUCCGCAAAAUAUUCCAUCCCUCAAUCCUUUGGCUGCCCAGAUGGAUUAUGAACUCCAGGAAGCUUUAAGGGAAUGUGAGGACGAAAUGGCUGCUCUUGGCAUGUCCUCCGAUGCAGACACAUGGACCACAGGUGAUCUGGACAGGUGUUUCUCUAUAACCGUGCCUGAAAGUGAUGAGAAAAAUCAAACUGAGAAAGCUGAAGUCAAAAAGGAUUUUGGUUCGUCUUCACAUGAACCUGCCGAAUUUCAUGAAGGUUGCCAUGGAAAUGAUGGCGUGCACAGAAAUGACUCAACAGCAAGUGAAGAGGGGGUGUUUAGCUUCAGAGAUUAUGUUCUAGGAAGACAGCAAAGUAAUACAUGUGCAGCUGAAACUGAGGAUGUCAAAAAUAUUGAGGAUAUAACAGAAGCACACCAGCUGUCAGAGGCAGAACAGCGAACAAAGUCAGAGAUAGAGACAAAAAUAGACACAUCUGCUCAACAAAAGACACGUAGUAUAUGGACAGGUACACAAACCACAUCAGAGAUCGAUGCGGAAAAGGAAACACUUACCCAGGAUCAAUCAAUACAAGACAUCUGCUCUUUAAAAUACACCCUGGAGGAUAGAACACAAGAUGAAGACAGAAUAAAUAUUACAGCACAGACAACCCAGAGAGAAACGGGAGGAAUUAAAGAGACAAAUCCCUUGAAUGAAGAUGUCAUAAGUUCUGCAAAAGCUAUAAUUCAGAACUCAGAUAAAAUAAAAAUAGAGACACAUAGUCAGUUAAUUACUGAUUUAGUAGCGUGCCCGUCCACACAUAUGGAUAAACAUUCUGGUCACGCAUUGCACUUGGAAGCUAAAAUAAGCGCACAACCAAACAUACAGAAACAGGUGGAGUCAGGGACACAUCAUGGACAGAUAGAAACAAACACAACGGUAGGAUCAAGACUUGACCAUCAAAAACAGGAAUUAGGACUCCCAGAACAGCUGAGUCCUGAGGGUAAGCAAUUGAUCUGCUCCCCACCUCCAGAACCCCAAGCUCAGCUUUCCCCGGCUGAGGCUCAACCUGCCCAGUUACUGGAUUCUCCAUGGGGGGCUGAGCAAAACGAUGACCAGGAUCAGACAGAUGGACUCUGCAAAUCAAUAUCAGAAGGUGAAACCAUACACCACUGUACAACAGGGGAAGUCAAACAUGAGAAAAAUGUGUCUGAUGCAUCUGCUGUUGUGAUUGAUUUCGGCCAAGCUACAACAGACCCUGAACAUGAGCCUGUAGGGAGAUGUGGCUUAGCGACUUGUCCACUGGAGCAAGAGAAUGGAUCUCCUUUAGAUGCUGGAGCUGACGAACACACACCACUGUGGGGGAAUUCAGAUUCUCUAAGCCGAACUGGUGCAGAAGAGAAGGAGGAGGAAGAGAGUGCCCUUGAACGGGCUUCGGCAGAGUCCACUGCCUCCACAUUGCUACAAACAACACCCACAAUGCCAGAAAUGAUAGAAAGCGAGGGAGAGAAGACGAGAGGUGAUGCGUUCCAAAGUGCCGCAAUAAUAUUACAAGCAGCAGAGAGAGAAUCAGCAGUGCUGGAAGCAGAUGAGUCUCAGAGCUCAGAGGGAACAUUGAGUGAAUGUAUUGCUGAACAGGGAGAAAAAUGCACCUCAGUAAUUUCUCUGAAGAUUAAGUGCUCACCUGUUCAGAAAGAGGAGGCGACUGAGGAGCGCUGUGGAGACAAAAUGCCACACAACUCGACGGAGAGCGAGGAGAAGGGAGGGGGUCUGCCGAUCACACUCUCACCAACCGGAGAAAAGAAUACAGGCACGGUCUGCGCAGAGGACAAAGCUCUGGUCACCUAUUCCUCUUCAGGCGUCCUUGGAACAUGUGACUGGAAGGUGGAGACUUGUCGAUCAAAGGAGAAAAAAGGAGAGAGCGAAGAGGAAGGCGGAGCACAGAACACAGCACAUGCCGGCAGGGCGUCACAGACUGAGGCAGCAACCGAGACGUGUCCAUCCCGCCGCAUCUCAGCAUCACCAGCGGCAACGCAAGACCAGAGUGACCUCAUCCAUCCUGUCACAGCAGGCACAGCCCAGUUUCCUCUGGCCAUCAACAGAAUAAACGACUGCGACUCCAUCAGCCCACCCCCUCCUCUUUCCUACAUAAAGUCUACAAAGACAGAAGCGCAGAGAGAGGAAGAGGCUAAUCUGAAUUCGAGCCCAAGUGCAUCAGGAGCAGAGCUGCCAGGCAGUGAUAGAUCACUUCCACCAGCAGGUUCUUUAGAAAACGAACGUCUUGCUGUGCAAGCCAAGGAUCAACAGGUACAGAGCUCUUCACAGACUAGAACCGCGACAGAGAAAGAGACACAGCAACAAAAACAAGAAACAACUCCUGCAAGUGAAGACGCAUCUCAAUCAACUAAGCUACAAGUGAACAUGAGGGAUAUCCCGGCAAUGACUCCAAAAGGUAUGCAGAGCUCUUCUGAGAACCAAAAGGAUGCAACAUUGAGGUGCCAAGUGACUGAAUGUGCCUCUCUACCCCCACUGAUGGUAUUCGAAAGUCUGCAUCAUCCAGUAAAAGAGGCCAGCUUUAACUUUAAAGGUUUUCUCAGCAAACCAGCACUUCCUCUACAGACAGAACCAAGCAAUGGCCAGAGCAAUACUGACCUGCACGGAACAAAAAAUGAACCUCCUGUCUGUAAAGAAGGAGAUCAAGAAGGAAAAAAUGGAAAGGUGACAGAAAAAGUCGAACAAGUGGAAAUGACAUUUAAAGAGUCAAAGGAUUGCAGAGGAACAACCAGUACAUCUCAAACGCAGGGUGAGACUACUGUAAAACUUGGAGAAGAUGUUCGUGUAAAUAUGAGUAGCUGUGAAGAUGAUGGAAAAGUGUCAGAUGAAACUCCUGAUGUCAGCCAGGGAAAUCCUGUUGCAUUUUCAUCACUGUCAGCUGCAGGUGAGAUUACCGGUGUUACUGAAGCUAAGGACGUGGACAAUGAAACUCUGGAAGAAACUGAAGUAAGUAAAGAAAAUAAAGAGUCUUUGAGUGCUACUCAGAUCACUCCAAUAAAUACAGAUGAGUCAGCAUCUACUGAGAAGAACAGUGUUUUACUACCGGAUGUAUCUCCACAAGAGGGUCGUAACAGCAGCCCUGAGUCUGAAGGAGUUGAACAUACAGAGGUUCUACUUAACACAGAGGAAAUGCUGGAUGAAGAGACAGAUAAAUCAAAGGGAUGGGGGUUACCUGAAGCAGGUGAUAUAAAACUACAGUGUCCAGGUAAUUCAGAGAAUCUUGUGAAUGACGGUCGAGAGCAUGAACCAAAGCCAGAAAAAUACACAUGUGAAGUUGAGUCACAGGUAAAAACCAGCUCCAUGUCUCCAGCGGCUGUCCCAGACACAGACAGCAACCUUUGCACUCAACCAGACAAGAAAUCCAACACUGAGCAGUCUACUACAGUGUCAGAGAUGCCAUUUCUGUCAAAAGCAGAUGAGUGUGCUGACAUUCUGCCCUAUGAGACUGAAUCACAGUUCAGUAAAGGAAUUAAAAAUGAUGCAGCGGAUGCUGGGGACACAACUGUCCCUUCUCUUCCUGCAGCAGAGACUACAGUACCAGCACAAAGGGAUCUUUCCUCAACCACCACACAAAGCACUAACAGUGAUGCCAGGGAUGUGUCUGUCAUUGUACUAAAGUCUCCAGGCCCAAUGCUGAGUCACUGUGAGUCCGUUAAUGACUGUGAUAUUGCUGUAGCGGGACCCGGGGAGGAUUGCAGUGUGAACUCUGUGUGUGAUUCUAGCACAGAGAUUGUAAAGAAUAUUACAGAUGCGAAUGAAGAGAUGUUAAGAUCUCAAAAUGCACAUGAUCUGCCCUACGCUGUUGGUGUCUCCACACAGGAAAUUGCAGCAUCAUCUGGGACCCUUCUGCUUACAACUGACAGACCUGAACAGUCAGGUGAUUCACAGCUAGUGUUAAAGACCCCAGAUAUUGUUGAAAAUGCAAAGAUGAAAUCAUACAAAGCAUCUGAGAGUGUUGGAGAAUUGGAGGUCGGUAGAAAAGAAAAGAGUGAACAACAUUUAAAUUCUAAGCAUGAAAAUGAUUUAGACAUUGCACCUACAAAUGUUAUGACAGAAAAUGAGGUAACUAAUAAAGACACAUCUGAGGUAUUCAAGCAUGUGAAGGGAGGAGAGGAGAACAAGGAGUGUGUAAAGGAAACCGAAGAAAAAUCCAGUGCAAAAAAUGAAACUAUUUCCUUUCAGGAAGAAAGGAUUGAACAGCAGGGUGAAAGUGAGGAACAAGAAGAAAUGCCUAACAAGGAGCAGAAGAAUAGUAGAGAAGAGACAAAUACUGCUUUGACCAUGCAACAAAGUCCUAAAGAUGAAAUCAAAUGUGAUUCGCACUUGAUGACUGAGCUGCCUGUUCAACAUUCAUCUGCAGACAAUGUAAAAAUGAAUAAAGAUGUAACUAAAGGAUUCAGACAGGUGAUGGUAGAAGAGUGGGUGCAAGGAAAUGAGGUACAAAAUGUACCAUCCAUUGCAGAAAAGGACAGCAAAGAAAGAACAAAUACCUCUCAGGAACAGGAUAAGAGUGCUGCAGAUGAAAAAGCUGAUCAAACACAAGAAGAAAACCAGACAUUAAUAAAUCUAUUCAAUCUAUCAGGAGAAGAAAAACUAUUAGAUGAAACUAUUCCAAGAGGAAAAUUACAAUCUAGCCAUAUGCCUGAUCCUGGUUUAACCUCUGAAGGGAUUAUAGAAGAGGCUCUGGGUUUUAGAGGGGCACUAACUGAAAAAAUCCCUCCAGUCAUUGACCACACACAAGAUCCAAGAAGUAUGAGCCAGUCAGAUUUGGCAUUUUCACAGUCCCAAGAGCUCCAGCAGCAACAGAAGGUUAUGAGCGCCCCAGAAGCAGUGUUAAGUGUGAGUAAAAGCAACAUUUUAGAAAAUGCUGAGAGCAAUAAUCAUACAGUUGCUGAGGCAAGUGAAAAGCAAGAGAAGGUGAUGAUGUAUUGUAGUGCAGAGGCUCAAAGAUCCCUAAACAGCACACCAGAGAGUGCCACACUGGUGGUGGGCUAUGACAAAGAUGUUGCUGUGUACGAUGUAUGUCCAGAGAAUGAAAAGACGACAAAACAAGCAAUAGAUCUUAAUGGUGGGGAAUUUCCUGUUUGUGGUAAAAGUGAAAUCCAAACACAGUCAGAUCCCAACUUGUCUGUAACAGCAUCGUCAGUUUCUGAAACUUCACAAGUUCUAGGGGAUACAGGGGCAAAAGAGUCUUCCAUCUUAACAUCACAGGAGAGUGUGAGUAAACAUGCAGAUUCCACCGAAGUCAAUGCGGAUGAGCACGGGAGUGUGAGGAACGAAAUUCUUGACACCAAGAAAGGCUCAGAAUUUCCUGUAAAUCACUCAAGUGGGUUCUCUGUGACUCCCACCCUCUCACACCAUGAAGCAGGAAUAGAAACAGAGGAGAAAUGUUUCGACUCUGUUACCCCUAGAGACACUGGAAACACUGAGAUCAGUUCUGAUUCAAUGAGUGAUGUUGCACAGAUGUCUACUGCAAGAACGUCCCAAAUUCAGCAAGAGAAAGAGUUAGUUCAGCGCACUGAUUGCCAGCUCUCCACCACUGCAUCCUCUUUUUCUGCUUCUGAGCUCCAGGAAAGUAUUAAAGAGGAAAAAGAGAUAAGUGUGGAUCAGGCCAUUAAAGAUGCACUAGAACCUAACACUCCUAAUUUCACUCCCCAAUCUGAGACAGCCGCCUGGAGGAUGGAGCAGCUUAAUAAGCAUUUGUCAGAGCAAUUCCCAGACGGUACCCACAACACAGAGGAGCAGGAUACGCAGUGUUCUGAACAGCAGCUCGUGCAGUUACAACAUGUAGGAACUUGUUUGGACACUGAAAACAGCACUAUGAAAGCAGAAGACACCAUUUUAAAUGACAUACUAGAGACAGAAGGAAUUCAGAUAGAGGAUGAGAAAGAGAAUAAAGCCAUUGAAAAGAAUCACACAGAAAUGUCCAAAGGGGCUAAACUUAAAUCUUCAGAGUCUCUAGUGAAAGAAACCAUUCACAAAGAAAACCAAAGCAAGAUGGAGGAGCAGCCUUUACGUUCCCUUGAUGAAACAAUAGCUGGUAAUGUAUACCCACAAACGGAAGAAGUUUCUAAUGGGACACUGACCGAAAUGAAACAGGAUGUGUCAUUGUUAUACCCUGAGACCUCUGUCUGCUUAGUGACUGAGCCCCAGGAUUCCCUCCAGUCCCCUCCAACAGCCAAUCAGCAGUCGUUUAUCCAAACUUUACGUGAAAAUGCCACAAAUGCAGUUCAAAGUAGCAGUGAGCAAAGUCCUGAUAUAGCAGAUAACUCUCCACUAGUAGCAAUACAGAAAGAUGACAGCAAAGCUAUAGAAGAUGAAGUCAGCAAGGUCUCAAAAGCUGCAGAUGUGUUGUUGGGAUCAGUCACAGGAACAGUGCAGGUAUCACAGGUUAUUGACAGUUCAGAUAGCCGAGUCUUAAAUGCAGUCUUUGUACCUGAGAAGUCAGAUACAGCCAACUCCUCUGAUUGGCUCAGAGAUCUGAAGGAGGCUGCCUCCACGUCUCAAAUCAUUCCAGAGAACAGAGACGAGACUACUUGUGGAUUGACAGAAAACAGACCAUUUGAGACCCUCGGAUCGCCUCAGGCUGAACUAUUCCAAACCCCAACUGAAGAAUAUUUUCCCCCUGCUCCUGAAGAGGGCUUUCCCCCUGCGCCUGAGGAGAGUUUUCCCCCAGCACCUGAAGAGGGUUUUUCACCUAUACCUGAGGAGAGUUUUCCUCCUGCGCCUAAGGAGAGUUUUUCCCCUAUACCUGAGGAGGGUUUUCCUCCUGCGCCUGAGGAGAGUUUUCCUCCUAUACCUGAGGAGAGUUUUCCUCCUGCACCUGAGGAGAGUUUUCCUCCUAUACCUGAAGAGAGUUUUUCUCCUGCACCUGAGGAGAGUUUUCCUCCUAUACCUGAGGAGAGUUUUCCUCCUGCACCUGAGGAGAGUUUUCCCCCUGCACCUAAGGAGAGUUUUUCCCCUAUACCUGAGGAGAAUUUUCCUACUGCGCCUGAGAAGAGUUUUCCCCCUGCACCUGAGGAGAGUUUUGCCCCUGUUACUAAGCAGCCAGAAGAAUCACAAGACUACAGGUCUCCUCUGGUAGAAGCUGCUGAAAGGAGUGAGCCUUUUCCCUCUCCCUUACCACCCCUACCACAGCACGACACUGUUCCUGCCCUCCCUGCCCACCUGCUCCAGGACAUAGUCGAGUUCCCCACACCGCCCCCUACCCCUCCGGACAGGGUUCCCCCUGAGCCACAGAUCCUUCCUCUUUCUCCUGCUCCUUCUGAUCUACCCGAGGCUCCCCCUGCUGCCCCUGUGCCUCCUCAAAUCCAACAGCUCCAGCACUCUGAGCCUUCAACAAGGAGUUCAGACUCAGACGGAGCGUUCGAAACCCCUGAGUCCACCACCCCUGUGAAGUCUGCUUCCCCACCAGUGCCCCCAACAGAGCCCCCCUGCACCAACUCAGAGGCAUUGUCCCCAGAACACACAGCUACAACUGCUGACAUCUCUGUCAGCGAAGACCAAGACUCACAACAGCUUCAACCUCCCAGUCGCUCUCAAUCUACAGCCUUUGAUGAGGACAAACCAAUAGCUGCUAGUGGCACUUACAACCUAGAUUACUUAAUUGCUAAUGACCCCUUCUCAGAAUCAAAUUUUGGGUCUGAACCAUCAAGCCGAGCGCCUCUCACCCGCUCUCUAAGCCUACAGUCUGGUGAGUUAGAGAGCCCAGGAGACAAAUCCUCAGGAGGAACCUGCGACAAACCCAUACACCCACGAGCAGAGUCCUUCAGCGUAGGAACAGAAAGCGCUCCGGGAACCCUUCGUAAAGUGAAGAAGCCCCGUCCAGGUUCCUUGAAGAAGAAACCUCUUUCCAGGCAGAACUCAAACCCAGAGCAUUCCUCUUCCAAAACGGUGUCCUCUAGCAGCACGCCAGAAGAGAAAAAGAGAGGGAAACCUCCUCCCGAAAGUUCCUUGCAGACCCAAGAGAGGAAUAGUUGCUCUCCCAGCCCUACUCCUAGUCCUGCUAGUACCCUGCGGAGGAGCAGGAUCAAGUCUCGGGUUGAGAGCCCUCCACCUUUGGCUGAGGAGAUCACUACCAGCUCAACAUCAACUCAGCUCCAGCCGAAUCUUCCUGAUCCGGUAUUCGAAGCUCCAACUGUCCCCGACGAGGAGUCUCCUAUCCCUCCCAGUGCCUCCUACAAAUGGGAUCCGGACAACUUUGAGAAUAUUGACCCGUUCAAUACAGGAGGCAGUAAAGUCGCCAACUCGCCAGUCUUGGGCAGGAAAACCGACUUCACAUCAGUUUCGGACACCCCUGUUGCUGUUGAGGAGCCUCGUGCCACUUCCCCUGCUAAAGAGCAAACCAUCAACAUUGAGGAACAGCCAAUAAACAAGCGCCAACCAGUCAGACUGGAGUUUGACUAUUCGGAGGACAGUGGAGAGGCGCCACGCAGUACUCCUCCUCCUAAAAACCUAGGCAAGAAACCAGGGGCCAAGAUGCCCAUUCGAAAGCCCAAACUGGGGAUUAAGAAAGCCCCUCCACCCCAGACAGAGCAGCUAGACAAUGCACCUGUCCCAGCACUUUCAAAUGACAUUGAUGAUAUCCCGAUCCCCAAGGGGUCAUACAACUUUGAUCCCAGCAAGUGGGAUGACCCGAACUUUAAUCCAUUUUCUUCAAGCACUGGUGUCCCCAACUCUCCUCGCCUUUCUGGAGGAUCUUACAGCUUUGAUCCUGACUCCUUCGAUGACUCAAUCGAUCCCUUCAAAUCAUCCAACAAGAUGGGAAACUCGCCUCCGAAAGCUGCCUCUUUUGACAAGUCUAGCAAUGACAAUGAGAAUGACAAUGAUAACAUUGUUGAGUUGCAGGAUCACAACCAGAACAAACCUGCCAAAAACAAGAAGAAGCCUCUCAAAUCCAACACAUUUAGAGUGAAGAAAUCACCAAAGAGGACACAGAUUACUGAGCCAUCUGCUCAAUGUUGUCCUGUGUGUUCUCCACUCUCGCCCUCCACUUCACACACACAUAAUCACCUGCAGGAGCACUCGCCCGAUGCCAAUCCCGAGCCUUCACAAGAUCACGCCACAGAUGAGGAGAAACUGGCUUCCUCUACCAAUCAGAAAUGGACUAGACAUGACGUAGAGGUGGAGCUGAACUCUGACCCCCAAGACUUCCCGCAGCCGACUGACUUUACAGCUUUUGUCAGCGAGAACAGUUUACCUGCACAGAAUGAUGUUACAGACUAUGAGAUUGAAUACAUGGAAAAGAUCGGCUCCUCCGCACCUCCUCUGUCGGUGAAGAAACCAUCACUUUAUCUGAAGCUGGACUCUGUGACAGAAAGUCCAACGAAGACUUCCAGCAUGCAAGAUUCAGAACCCAACUCUCCCUGCACUGGGAGCUUUGAGGAGAUGGAGGCUCAGAUCUCGCAGGGGAAAUCACCAGUGCUGCCACCACGUGGUGAUCGUGGCUCCAUGGCCUCAGAGAAAAGCAGAAAGAGGGACAGUCAGUCUCAGAGUCGAACGCAGAGCAAUGAGAGAGAUGGAGCGACACCUCCUCCUCCUGUUGUCCCUCUUCUGCUUUCGGUCCCAACGCAGUCCCCCAUCCAGGGCCCCAUGGACCCCUCAGAUCUGCCCCUCUUAGACAGACUGUCUGAUUCACCUGCCCCUCUCAGCUACCUGGAGCCUGAUCUAGCAGAGACCAACCCCACUGCCUUCGCUCAAAAACUGCAGGAGGAGCUGGUGCUCGCAGCCCUGAGGAUAGAGGCUCUACAGGUAGCCAAAAACAUCUCUCAGAGCCCCACUUUGUCCACUGUGUCCCCUCAGUCUCGCCUCAAGAAGCCCAGCCCACGCCGCUGGAAUCUCAACGGUUCUCGCAUGGCUAAAAAAACUGCAGGAAAAUCCACACAGACAGAUAGCAAACUCUGUCGCAGGACAUCCCGUAUUCCACAGGUAUUGUUUCUACCCCUGAAUAACCUUUCGAAUUCCAAAAUAGAGUUGAUGUUUAAUGUAUCAAAAGUAUUUCUGGAAUAGUACUGAUACAUUUUAGGAUUAUGGAGUGCUUUCAUAUAUAAAAAGAGUGACAGUGUAUUAUAUAGCUGGAGUAAUGAGGUUCAAUGAUGGCUACCCUGAAUUGAUGGUCUUCUUAAAAUAUUCAAUAUUUUAACAUACAUUAUUAGGUAACGCUCUUCCUGAAAUAGUCUCGCAGACACAUUUCACAUGCUGCCUCAGCACAUUCUCCAUGACGUGUUCUUUAUUUGACCUUUCCAUUAGCAAUAAUUUAUCAUUCAUGGAAACAUGCACAGCUGCUCUGAAGAUAACAGGAAUACAUCACCACACUGCUGUACUGAACUCCGUCUUGUCAAUUUUCAUUUUAAAGAUUUUGUUUCUCAUUUGCAUUUAGAGUUAAUCCUCUGCAUCCUUUCCCCCAUCUGCUGACUGUGUUUAUGAUUGGUCAUGACAAAUAUGCUAUUCUUUUAGGCUGGAUCACGCAUUUAGGGAGUCUCUAGAUUAGGUUCUAGAUAGGUUGUGCAGUGACCUGUACAAGACCCUAUACAAUUUAUUCAUUCUCAGUACUGCGAAGACAAAUAGCAAACUCACAAAGUGUUCACAAAUGUGACUUCAGUUUGGUUGGAAAUACUAUUGAGACUAAGCCAAGAUCUAUGUUUAAUGUACAGUAUGUAGUCACAGGAGAUCUGAGAUCAACACUCCAACUCUUAAUUUGUUAGAGCAUCAAUUCAACAUUUUGUAUUAGGUUAUAAUCUAAUUUUGUACCUCCUGUAUGACCCCCUCCAUGAUCUGAGUACAGCCCAGUAAUGCAGUAAAUGGUAUUAGGUAUAAAUUCUCCUUGCAGACCAAACAUGUGGUAAGCAUUUUGUAUUUGUACCCUAACACAUCGCCCCCUACCUUGUAUAAGAGUCAAACUCAAUUAAUCUCCUAAUCCAGCUCUGUUAGAAAGAAUUAAUCAGCUUUAAUCAGCAAGUGGGUUUAAGGGCUAAACAUGACGAUUAUUCAGUAACUACACCCCAUCACUGAAUAUAAAGAGGCCUUCUGGAAACAGUUACUUUAUGAAAAUGGUGCAAUUGAAUAUUCAGAAGUACAUUUGCUGACAGUACAUUUAUGCUUUUGUUUGUGCCUUUGAAGCGGAUAUUUAUAAAACAUUCCUGCCUUUUCCUGUAGGACAUAUGCAAAUAGUGUGUCUUUAGUUGUCUUUUACAGUUGUAGUUGGUUGCAUUAAAUUCUCAUAUGUGACCCUGGACCACAAAACCAGCCAUAAGGGUCAAUUUUUGAAAUUGAGAUUUAUACAUCAUCUGAAAGCUGAAAAAAUAAACUUUCCAUUGAUGUAUGUUUGUUAGAAUAAGACAAUAUUUGGCCGAGAUACAACUAUUUGAAAAUCUGGAAUCUGAGGGUGAAAAAUAAAUGUGUAUAUUUACAGUAGAAAAUUUACAAAAUAUCUUCAUGGAACAUGAUCUUUACUUAAAAUCCUAAUGAUUUUUUGGCAUAGAGAAAAAUGUAUAAAUUUGACCUAUACAAUGUACUUUUGGCUAUUGCUACAAAUAUACCAGUCCACUUUCAGAACAGAA